GAAAGCAAAGGUUCUGCCUAGAACCGUAGUUCAUGUCUUUCAAUUAUGCAACCUUAAACUAACUUCACUACGGUAUUUGUGUUUCACUGCGCUGUUCAACACUCAGGCCCAAAGCCUCCUGCUGAUGACCUCAGUAGCCAUGCCUGUGUUCAGCAAAAAGGAAGAGACUUUGUCUCAUGGGAUUCUGCUGGGAGUGGUAGGGACAGACGUGGCCUUGAGAGAACUGAUGAGAUUAGCUCCUAGAUACAAGCUGGGUGUACAUGGUUACGGCUACCUUAUCACCAACAAUGGCUACAUCCUGUCUCAUCCUGACCUACGACCUCUGUAUAAAGAGGGGAAGACGCUGAAGCCAAAACCCAAUUAUAACAGUGUUGAUCUGGCAGAGGUGGAAUGGGAAGACACAGAGGAGAAACUGAGGACAGCCAUGGUUAAAGGAGAAAGUGGAACGUUGUCUUUAGACGUGAGAACUUCAGUGGAUAAAGGAACGAGGGUGAUGUUCCUGAAGAAUGAUUACUUCUACACCGUCAUCAAUGAGACACCGUUCAGUCUGGGUAUCGUGCUGACCAGAGGAUAUGGAGAGUAUAUCUUCAUUGGAAACGUCUCUGUUGAGGAGGGUCUUCAUGACUUACUGGCUCCAGACCUGACCAUAGCCAGUGAAUGGACCUACUGUGAGACAGACAUUGACCCGGCCCACCGUAAGCUGACCCAGCUGCAGGCUGUGGUGCUCUACCUCACUGGCAAAGAACCUGAUCUGGAUUGUGAUGUACAGUUGUUGCAGCAAACUCUUUUUGAUGCUGUGGUCACGGCUCCUAUGGAAGCCUACUGGACCGCUCUAAUGCUGAACGCAUCUGGUAUGGAGGAGGGUGUAGAAACAGCAUUCAUGGGGACCCGAUCAGGCCUGAUGAGAUUCCAGAGAUACGCUGGUGUUGAGAAAAGAGUUGGGAAGUCUUUCCUGACCUCCUCAGACAAGGAGAAUAUGUUCACGUUGGACCAUUUCCCAGUGUGGUACCGCAGAGCAUCCGAGAACCCAGCUGGACAGUUUCUGUACUACAUGCCCAGACAGGAGACAAGAGAUAUAUUCAGGGACUAUGAGGCUGACUAUAGCGCCACCUUCAGUGCAGAGGAGGUGGAGCACCAAGCGGAGGAGGGAGCAGGGAGGAUAGUGAUCGCCACCACUUCUGUCACUGUGACGGUGGGCAAGAAAACUGCCAUCGCUGGAGACUACUUGUAG